UGGGAUUUGGUCUGUGAGUCUAUGGUCUUGAAGAUGAUACCACAAGCUGUCUACAUGUCUGGGAUCCUAAUAGGCAGUAUUGUGUGGGGCUACCUUUCUGACAGGUUUGGGCGGAAGAUGAUAUUAAUGGCCUGCUACCUGCUGAUGACAGCCGGCGGGAGCAGCUCCGCCUUUGCGCCCAGCCUCGGCUUCUACUGUGCCUUCCGCUCCCUGACGGGCUUCGCCGUGGGGGGCGUGCUGAUCGCCAGCGCCUCCCUCCUGGUAGAAUGGACACAGAGCCAAUCCCGGACCACAGCCAUCACCCUCUUGUCCUCCGGCUACAGUAUAGGCGUGCUGCUGCUGAGCGGGCUGGCCUACCUCAUCCGGGACUGGCACAUGCUUCAUCUGGCUCUGGUUCUGCCCUGUGGAUUCUUCUUCCUCUACUCCUGGUGGAUGGCUGAGUCUGCCCGAUGGCUGCUUAUCACUGGCAAACUAGACUCUGCGCUCCGGGAACUCCGAAGAAUUGCUCGAAUCAAUGGGAAAAAGGAAGCCGGGGAGAUGCUGACCUUGGAG